AUGAGUCGUGCGACUUUUAUGAUACGCGACUGCACGAAGAACUUCUUCCAGAGUGGAAAGCCAACGUCCUCAAACGGCCACACACCCGCAAUUGUCGAGACGCUAAGGAUAGAACUCCUCAACGGAUUAAUGGGACCUGCUAGUGGUUCACUAAUCACCGUUAUUUCCGAAAGUGGAGAGAAGACCAUGCGUCGGGUCUUCUCUGGGUUUCAGCCGAUCCUGGCUGUGGGAAAUCCGUCCUUGGCUAAUUAUCUAGUAGACGAGCUCCGGCCGAGUUCAGAGAAGACAGCACACCGUGGCCACGAGAGUAUUAUUCGGAUACUGCUCGACUUUGGCGUCAAAGACCUCAAUUCUAGGGACAAGUCUGGACACACUCCACUAUUGCAUGCUGCAUCCAUGUGGCACACCAAAAUUGUCAAGUUACUCCUCCGUACCGGAAUACCUGACCCAAACUGUCAGAAUGCUGGUGCACAUGAGACAAUCAUGUUCGGGCACCGCUGGCCUUUGCCUGUAAAGCUGGUCAUGAAAAGAUCGUUGCCACUGCUUGAGACGGGCAAAAUGGACUCAAGUCUGGAGGACCAAGAUGGUUUUACACCACUCACUUACGCCACUGAGUAUGGGAACGAGCGCAUCAUCAAACUACUCUUGGAUGCUAGUGACCCUAGAGCUGCAAAAACAGCCACUACAGAACUUGAGAUCUUCGCUGCAACUAGAGCAACGCCCGAGCUACAGCCAGUCCAUGAGGGACCUGUCGUAGAGGCCACACCAAGCGAACUCGUCUCCAGGACGUCGCCGAAAGACAUUGUAAGACUAAGAUGGCGCAAUAACCCAGCAUUGAACCCGCAGCACUGA